GGUAUUAGUGCUGUCUUCUUUCACUCCACAGGUCAUCCCUGAAUAAACCAUACAAUGGAGUCCAUGGAACAAUUAAAUCAGUCCCAAGUGUCAGAGUUCAUUUUGCUGGGACUGACCAACUCCCAGGAUAUACAGUUUCUUCUCUUUGCACUCUUCUCAGUUAUCUAUGUGCUCACAGUUUCAGGCAACCUUCUCAUUGUGGUCACAGUGUUUUACAUCCCAAACCUGCACACCCCCAUGUACUUUCUCCUUGGAAACCUCUCCUUUGUGGAUAUGACCCUUGCAUCCUUUGCCACCCCUAAGAUGAUUGUGAACUUGGUAAAAAAGCAGAAGAUCAUUUCCUUUGCUGGAUGCUUCACACAGAUCUUUCUCCUUCACUUACUGGGUGGAGCUGAAAUGGUACUUUUGGUAUUCAUGGCAUAUGACAGAUAUGUGGCUAUUUGUAAGCCCCUACAUUACAUGACCAUCAUGAACAAGAAGGUGUGUGUUUUGCUGGUAGUGACCUCAUGGUUCUUAGGUCUCCUUCAUGCAGGGCUUCAGAUUCCCUUUGUUGUGAACCUGCCAUUCUGUGGUCCCAACACAGUGGAAAGCAUUUUCUGUGAUCUCCCUCUGGUUACUAAACUUGCCUGCAUAGAUACCUACAUUGUAGAGAUAGUCAUUGUUGCCAACAGUGGGAUGAUCUCUCUGAGCUGUUUCAGUAUUUUGCUUAUCUCCUACAGUGUGAUCCUCAUAACCAUCAGGAGUCGCUCUUCUACUGGGCAGUCCAAAGCUCGUGCCACUUUGACUGCUCACAUCACAGUGGUGAUUAUUUUCUUUGGUCCAUGCAUCUUCGUCUAUAUCUGGCCUUUCAGCAACCACUCUGUGGAUAAGUUCCUUGCUGUUUUUUACACCAUUGUCACCCCUAUCUUGAACCCAAUUAUCUACACUCUGAGAAACAAAGAAAUGAAGACAGCCAUGAAUAAAUUAUGGAAUGCUUUUGUGACUUCUAGAGAGGAUACUUAG